UAUAUAUAUAUAUAUACAUCAAAACUUUUGAUUAAUUAAUUACCAAAAUCAUCAAGUUAUAAUACGUAAUAAUACGAGAAAAUCUUUUUCUAAUGUGAAAGUUUUGAUAAACUAUAUAUUGCGUGUUACUCUAUACAAACUUUAUAUGUACUAUAUAUCGAAACUGAAAUGAUUUUGUUUGCUGGAAGCAUGUGAGUAAAUGGCCGUAGGAGGAUUGUAUCAGCCUUUAAACAACUUACUAUGGGCAUCUGCCUGGACACUGAUCAGCAAAAUGGAUCGCAAGUGUUCGCAGAAAAUGAUACCCGAGCUACAGGAAGAUGGCGAGGUGAGGCUGGUCUUUUGGCGACUCCACCAGAUGGACAUUUUCCGAAACAAAAUAUUGGUCCAGUUAAAUUUGAAAUACCAAAAGUUCCCGUUAUAUUCGUUCUUGGAGGUCCCGGUAGUGGUAAGGUGACAUAUUGUGAUAAUUUAAUACAAGAAAGAAAGGGGAUAACGCAUAUCAACAUGAUGGACCUUCUUCAGCAAUAUGCAUUAGGAAAUGAUAUGCAAGAUUUUGGACAACUUAGUAGCAAGACUGUUACAGAAGUACUCAUGCUUGAAAUGAAAAUGUCUCCAGAAGCGAAAGUUUUUCUUGUAAGCGGAUAUCCACGAAAUAUGCGCGAUGUAGUAGAAUAUGCAGAAAAAAUAAAAAUCGUUAAUGGUGUCAUUCUUGUAUCGUGGAGACAAGAAGUGCUGGAGAGACAAAUUGAUUUCGGCGCGCAACUUGGCCAUGUUAUUAUUGGAUUAGCUAGAAUGGAGUUGCAUAACUUUUACAGGAACGUUAUGCCAGUUGCAGAAUAUUUUGAUCAAAGCGGUAUGUUACUUGAGAUAAAUGGAGAACGCAACCCCAGUGAAGUUUAUAUUAGUUUUCGGGAUGCCAUCCUCAGAAUUCUUGGGAUGUCAAGCGGUGAAAUUUCAAACAACGGAAUGCAUCAAUCUUUAGAAGCCGAGGUUGAAGUGGAAAGAAGAAAAGAAUCGAUUACGGAUUCACCACCGCAACAAAUUGUAACAAUUAAUAGACUAUCAUCUCCAAUGUCAAUAAAUGGACUGAAUACUGCUGACAAACCAAGAAAAGGAUUACCAUCAUUUAUCUGGGUUAUAGGUGGACCAGGAAGUAAUAAAACAACACUUUGUACUCAAGCUGUUCGUAAUAUGUCAGGUUGGCUGCAUAUAAGUAUUGGAGAAUUGUUAAGAACAAUGGCAUCAUCUAAUGUGAUUGUAAAUGACGCAAUUGUUUCGGGUGAAAUGGUUUCUCAUGAUAUUGUAAUACAACUUGUAGAACAACAGAUUCUAUUAAAUCGAGAUUCAGAUGGUAUUGUCAUAGAUGGAUAUCCAAGAGACUUAAAUCAAGUACAGGAAUUUGAGAGUAAGUUUGGUCAAAAACCACCAUUGAUAUUACUUGACUGUUCUAAAUUGCAACUCGGAAGAGGAAGACUGGACGACAGUGUUUCAGCAUUUAGAAAAAGAUUGGAGCUUUUUCGCGAAAUUUCUCUUCCUAUGUUGAAAACACUGGACAGCGAUAAUCGAUUAACAAUUGUGGAUGGCGAUACAGAUGUAUCUAGUGUACAGCAGGAUUUUGCUAUUGCAUUGUAUCAAUUAAUGCAUCUAACGCGCCGCAAAGAAGAACAAAGUCUACAUAAUCUAGAUUCAUCAUUAAUCAACGGUAACUCAAACAAAAUACAGGCUCCGAAUGAAUAUCAAAAUGAACAUGCUAUUCCUAAUGGCCUUGCUAAACCAAUGGCCAACACUACGUCCAAUCAUAUUGUAAUUGAUACAAAGAAGAACGGAAUUAUUUCUCGAGGAGGAGAUACUACCUCUAAUAGUGUAUUGAACAAUAUGAAGCAUAUUCACCAAAAUGGUCAUAUUGAUCAUAAGGAUCAUCAAAAUGGCUUCACAAAUGGAACAACAUAUAUGCAAAAUGAUAUAGCGCACCUAUCUAAUGGCAUUUUAUCCGGCAACAGUAAAAUCAUAGCAACGAUGCACAACUAUUUGCCAAAAGAUCCCAUCAGGAAAAUGUACAAUGAAGUCGAAGGUUAUCAACAAAAUCUUCAUAUGUAAACAUAAGAUUCGCUGCCGGCAUGUUUUUUAAUAAUUACUAAUGAAUAUUUUUUUAAUUGUUAAUGUUACGUGAUAGGCUCCGGAUUAUGUAAUGAAAUUUUUAAUUGUAUUAAUAAUUUUAGUAAUAUAGAAUAGAGUGAUAUUCUUCGAUAUAUUCUUAAAAUAAAUACAACUUUAACAUUAAUCC